AUGAAAUUAUCAACCAUUUUACUAUCCGCUUCAAUCGCUGCCGCUGCUCCUGCACCUGCUGUUCACCAUGAUGACCAUCAUCAUAAUGAAAAACGUGCAGUGGUCACCGUGACUCAAUUCGUUAACGCUGACGGUAACGUCGUCAUCCCAGCUGCAACCGCCACCAAGAAUACAAAGACUACUACUUUGCAACCUUCCCAAGUCGUCGCUACAGCCACCAUCAAGUCAAACAACGACAACAAGAAGGAUACCACUGCUGAUUCAUCUUCUUCAAUUGACGGUGACUUAUCCGCUUUCUCCAACCCAUCGACAAAAUUCAAAGAUGGAACCAUCAAAUGUUCUUCCUUCCCUUCAGGUCAAGGUGUCAUCCCCGUAGACUGGCUAGGUUUCGGAGGCUGGACCUCCAUCAUGAACAUGGACGCUCAAAUCUCUUCAGAGUGUCAAGAUGGGUUUUAUUGCUCCUAUGCCUGUCAACCAGGAAUGUCCAAGACUCAAUGGCCAUCAGAACAACCUGCAUCUGGGUCCGCCAUUGGUGGACUUGUCUGUAAGGAUGGGUUCCUUCAUCGUACCAACACUGACACAGAUUAUUUGUGUCAAUGGGAUAAGAAUACUGCACAGGCAGUCAAUAAACUCGAUAAGGAUGUGGCUCUUUGUAGAACAGACUAUCCAGGGUCUGAAAAUAUGGUCGUACCCACAUUGGUUACUGCUAAUGGUGGUGAACAACCAAUGAGUGUUGUGGAUGAGGAUUCAUUUUUCAAAUGGUCAGGUAAGAAGACCUCUAGUCAAUACUACGUUAAUAACGCAGGUGUGUCACCCCAGGAUGGAUGUAUCUGGGGGGAUUCCGAUUCACAAGUGGGUAAUUGGGCUCCUCUUAUCUUUGGUGCUGGGUACACUAAUGGUCAAACUUAUUUGUCAUUGUUGCCCAACCCAAAUAGUAAUGCCAAGGCCAAUUUCAACGUCAAGAUUGUCGGUACAGAUGGAUCCGAUGUGCAAGGGGAAUGUGUCUAUGAAAAUGGAUCUUUCUCUAAAAGCGAUGGUUGUACCGUUUCUGUCCUGUCAGGUUCUGCUCAAUUUGUCUUUUAUUAG